GGGCCGGGCGGAGGAAGUUCCUCCUCCCGGGCCGGGCCGGUCCCGGUGGCGGCGGCGGUGGCGGUGCCAUGCGCGGCGGGGGCGGCCGCGGCGGGUCAGCUCGGGAGCUGCCGGCCCGGGGCCGCCGAGCCCCGCUCGGGCUGCGGGAGGGCGAUGGGGCUGCUCCUCUUCCUCCUCGCCGCGGGGCCGCUCCUCGCCACCGGGGCCAACGGGAGCGGCGCAGGUGACAGCUGGCGGCGGCGCCGUGCAGAACUGGGACACUUCUGGCGCGUGACCCCGCGGGUCCUGAGGGACGACCGGACACUCAGCCUGGCAGAGGCCACCCAGGGGGGGUUCCCCGCCCGGCUGCGGGUCCUGCUGGAGCUGGAGGGGACGCGGCUGGUGUUGGAGCUGGAGCAAAACUGGGAGCUGGUGCUGGGCGCCGGGGCGCUGCUCUACUACCUGCCCAACGGCACGCGGGUGGCGCAGGAGGCCAGCGAGCAGGAGCACUGCUGCUACCAGGGGACGGUGCGGGGCUUCCCCGGCUCCUGGGCCAGCCUCUGUGCGUGCAACGGACUCAGCGGCCACCUCCGGCUGUCGGAGACCAGGAGCUACGGGCUGGAGCCAGACGCUGGUGGCCCCCCGGGGUGGCACAUUGCGUACCGGUCACGGGAGGUCCUGCUGGCACCGCGGGCCUGCGGGCACGGCCCCCUGGACCCCCCCCAGGAGGAGACAGAGGAGACGGAGCCCCCCUGGCUGCAGAGGGGCAAGCGGGCGGCGGUGGAGCAGCAGCGGUUCGUGGAGCUGGUGAUGGUGGUGGACCACGCUGCGUUCCAGAAUUACCGCGACCUGCAACGUGUCCGCAUCCGGACCCUGGAAAUCGCCAACCAGGUGGACACGUUCUUCCAGCCGCUGGGAGUGCGGGUGGCCUUGGUGGCGGUGGAGGUCUGGAGCGAGGGCGACAGGUUUGCGGUGGGCGGCAGCGCCCGGGCUGCACUGGAGCGGUUCCUGCGCUGGCGCCGGGAGGAGCUGCUGCCCCGGCUGCCCCACGACAACGCUCAGCUCCUCACGGGUGCUCGCUUUGACGACGUCUCGGUGGGGAUGUCGGCUCAAGCCUCCAUGUGUUCCCCCACGCGCUCCGGCGGGGUCAGCAUGGACCACUCCAUCAGCGUCCUCGUCGUCGCCUCCACCGUGGCCCAUCAGCUGGGGCACAACCUGGGCAUGCGCCACGACAGCGCCGGGCGCUUCUGCGACUGCAGCGACCUCCGGCAGGACCGCGGCUGCAUCAUGGCGUCGCCCACGGGGCUGACGCCGGGCUUGAGCUUCAGCAACUGCAGCCGGCAGGACCUGGAGCGCAGCCUGCGUCAGGGACGGGGCUGGUGCCUCUCCAACGUCCCCGAGCCCCGGCGCCUGGCCGGCAGCCCCAGCUGCGGGAAUGGCUUCGUGGAGCCGGACGAGGGCUGCGACUGCGGCCUCAGCGUGGAGUGCACCGAUCCCUGCUGCAACAGCAGCAGCUGCCAGCUGAUGCCCGGGGCUGAGUGUGCCUCGGGGGACGCCUGCUGCCAGGACUGCCAGCUGCGCCGCGCUGGACACCCGUGCCGGGAGCCCCUGGGCGAGUGCGACCUGCCCGAGUUCUGCGACGGGGUCUCGCCGCGCUGCCCGCCCGACACCUUCCUGCAGGACGGGCAGCCCUGCGCCGGCGGGCGGGCGCUCUGCUUCGGCGGCGCCUGUGCCACCUACGAGGGACAGUGCCAGCAGCUGCUGGGGGCAGGCGCCGGCCCCGUCUCCAGCUCCUGCAUGGCCUCCCUGAACGCAAGAGGGGAUGAACGCGGGCACUGCGGGCACUUCCCCAAUGGCUCCUACGUCGCCUGUGCCCAGCGGGACGCCGGCUGCGGGAUGCUGCAGUGCCAGCGCAGCAGCACCCGGGGGGACAGACCAGAAGGGUCCUGCCAGGGGACCCUCCUGCCCGGGGACGAGGACGUGAGCGAUGCGGCCAUGGUGCUGCCUGGCACCGCCUGUGGGCCCGGGAAGGUGUGCCUCCAGCACCGGUGCCAGAACGUCUCGGCGCUGGGUGACCAGCAGUGCCGGAGCAAGUGCCACGGGCACGGGGUGUGCAACAACCAUGGGCACUGCCACUGCGAGCGGGGCUGGGCCCCCCCGACCUGCGAGAGCCCCGGGGUGGGGGGCAGCCAGGACAGCGGUCCCGCCGGCCUGGAGCGAGGGGGGAGCGCCCUGCCCACCGCCCUGCUGCUGAGCGCGCUGCUGGGGCUGGCCCUGGCCCUGGGGCUCUGCUGCGCCCGCCGCGCCGGACUGCACAAGCGCCUCUGCCAGCUCGGCAAAGGGACCUCCUGCCAGUACAGGCAGGCGACAGCCCGUGUGUGUGUGCGUGUGCCUGUCUGCAUCCCCCGUUCCCCCCGUGCAGCGCUGAGACCCGGGUCCGAUUCCUGGGUCCAGAAGCCCCAGACGGCUGGAGCGGGAUCUCGCAGCCAGAGCCCCGGUUGGGCAACCAGGGCCCCCCUGAGCGCCCCCGGCCCCCACAGUGGCGACAGGCCACGGAGCUGCAGGUCAUGCACAGCAGCAAGCCGGCUGCCCUCGGCUCGGCCCGGCCCGAUCCACCCUCCCGGCCUCUCCCGCCGGACCCUCCGCCCAAGGCCCCCCCCUCGGACAGGCCGCCCCCCCCCACACGCCCGCUGCCCGCAGACCCCGUGGUGCCCGGCACGCAGCCCCCAGCUCCAGCCAAGCCCCCCCCACCACAGCGGCCGCUGCCAUUGGACCCCCCGGGGCCUUCGCUCCCCCACAGCGAGACCCCCCCCGGUCACCCCUACGUCACGGUGAUACCCUCCAGGCCGGCCCCGCCGCCGCCGCCCGCCGGUGCCCAGCGGGAGGCCUGAGCCGCGGGCCGGGAGCGCCGCAGCGCUGGAGCCGCGGGUGAGGCCUCGCCCCGGGGCCUCGCCGCCCUCUUGUCCCCCCGACGACGCCAAU